AAGAAGAGCAAGAAGAGCGGUGAACAAAAGAUGUUGGACAUUGACUUGGUGGACGAAAAAACCAGAAAGGAGAUGUUGAAAGCCGCCGAAUUGGAAGCCGAUUUGAAUAACGCCACAGACUUGUUCGACGGUUUGGGAGUUGCCGAGCAUCCAAGAGCCAGAGCUGCCAGAUUGGCCGCUGCUAAUUCCCCGGCGCAGCCAGCGCAGUUGACCGCUGAUACUCCGCUCGAAGUGCAUCCGCUUUUCAAACCCACCACCAAGCAGGAGUUCGAGAAGUUGAGAAAGGUUUUAUCUGCUGCCUUGACCGAGUUGUCAGAAGAGUCUUUGUUGAAUUAUACUUCGUCCUUGGCAAUCGACUUGAUCAGAGACUUGUGCCAGCCUUUGUCUGUGGAGUCUAUCAGAAAGGUCACCUCGACCUUGACCGUCAUUUCCAACGACAAGACCAGAGCCGAGAGACAGGCCAGAUUAUCCAAGGCUGGUGGUACUGCCACUGGUGGUGCUGGUAAGAAGAAGGUCAAGACCGUCAAGCCAAACGUGGGACAGUUCGCCAAGGGUGAUGACUUCGACACCACCAACUACGAUGAAGAUUUUGGUGAUGAUGACUUUAUGUAA